GAUACCAUUGGAUUUUGUAAAGAUCAUUGGAAACUAUGUUACACGCUAUAUAAUUAGUGGGAUUGGUGAUACGUGUUUUCAAUAUAACUGAUAAGCUUACACUAGCGAACAAAUUGUUCACUGUACAGUGUAGUGAUAAAUUCUUCAAUUAAGUCAAUUAUAGACCUUUCCAACUUUUUUUUCAUAUCUGUACUCCUUGAACAUUGGUUAUACAAAUAACUAUGAUACAAAAAAACAAUUAUUUGCUUACAUGACGUGUGUAAGAAAUAAUGGUUCAAUGUCUUGGAUUUAGUUUCCGAAAUUCGUUCGAGAUUACAUUCAGUAAUUGAUAGAGUUGAUAGUUGGUACUUUUGGAAGUUUUUUAUUGAAAAUCCAAGGUACAUCAUUUUGGUUUUUGUAAAGUCCGAUGUCUAGUGCUGAAGUGGUUGAAAGUUCUGUUGAUCCACCAAAUAAGAAGCGACGUAUUGCCCAUACGGACAGAGGUAGUGAAAACCUCUCAAAAAUUCCAGUAAUGGCAAAAAAUGGUUCGAAGUCUGCACAACUAGAAACAGAUAUUGAUGAAGGGCUGUAUUCACGUCAAUUAUAUGUUUUGGGCCAUGAUGCUAUGAGGCGAAUGGCCAACUCUGAUGUUCUUAUCUCUGGGUUAGGAGGCUUAGGAGUAGAAAUUUCAAAAAACAUUAUUCUUGGUGGUGUUAAAUCAGUUACUUUACACGACGAUGCUGUAUGCAAGAUAGCUGAUUUAGGAUCACAGUUUUACUUUAAUGAGGAUGACAUUGGAAAAAACCGUGCAGAGGCCUGUUGUUCACGUUUAUCAGAAUUGAACAACUACGUGCCCACUCGAUUUUUCACAGGAAUCUUGACUGAAGAUUAUUUAAAGAAUUUUAGUGUCGUAGUCUUAACUGAUACACCAAUGAAAGAACAAAUUCGUAUCGCCGAAAUCACUCGAAAAAACAAAAUCUAUUUAAUUAUUGGGGACACACGUGGCCUGUUUUCUCAAGUAUUUUGUGACUUUGGUGACAAUUUUUGUAUCACAGACAUUACUGGAGAGCCUCCUUUAAGUGCUAUGAUAGCUAGCAUUUCUCGUGAUAGUGAAGGAAUCGUUACAUGCCUUGAUGAUACUCGCCAUGGAAUGGAAGAUGGUGAUUUUGUAACAUUCUCAGAAAUUCAAGGUAUGUCAGAAUUAAAUGGUUGCGAAGCUAGAAAAAUAAAAGUCCUUGGACCAUAUACUUUUAGUAUUGGGGACACUUCAAAUUGUUCAGAGUACGUACAAGGUGGUAUUGUAACACAAGUAAAAGUUCCCAAAAGUCUAAAAUUUCUAUCAUACUCUGAAGCUUUAAAAAAUCCAAACUUUAUUAUUAGCGACUUUGGAAAAUAUGAAAAUCCCCAACAAUCUCAUUUAGCAUUUAUUACUUUGCAUCGUUAUGUAGAGGAAAGUAAAUUAUUACCCAAAGCUUGGCAUGAUGGUGAUUUCCAAGAGUUCUUAAAAUUAACUGAGUUUAUUAAAAAAAAAUAUAAUUUAAAUCUUGAAGUUAACAGAGAUUUUAUGAAUUUAUUCUGCAAGACUUGUUCUGGUGAAUUUAGCCCGAUGAAUGCUGUAACUGGGGGAAUCAUUGCACAAGAAGUAAUUAAGGCUUGCUCAGGGAAAUUUCACCCUAUUUAUCAAUGGUUGUAUUUAGACGCGAUUGAAUGCCUACCCAAAGAUCAAAAGACCGAUGAAACUGAAAAUUAUGCUCCAAAGGGAUCACGAUACGAUCGUUUUGUUUCAAUAUUUGGAAAUGACUUUCACACUAAACUAGCUAAUUUGAAUUAUUUUAUUGUUGGAGCUGGUGCAAUUGGGUGUGAGUUGUUAAAGAACUUUGCUAUGCUGGGAGUAGCCACGAAAAAUGGAAAAAUUACAGUUACUGAUAUGGAUUUUAUAGAAAAAUCGAAUCUAAAUCGGCAGUUUUUAUUUAGACCUGCUGAUGUUCAAAAGUCCAAGUCCUCGACGGCUGCUAAGGCUAUUAAGAGAAUGAAUGCUGAAAUUAAUAUAAUCGCACAUGAAAAUCGUGUGUGUGCAGAAACUGAAAAAAUUUAUAAUGAUGAGUUUUUCAAAUCCCUUGAUGGCGUUGCCAAUGCGCUCGAUAAUAUUGAUGCUCGAAUUUAUGUAGACCGACGAUGUGUUUACUAUCGGAAACCACUUCUUGAAUCAGGUACUUUAGGUACAAAAGGAAAUACGCAAGUUAUUGUACCAUUUCUAACUGAAUCUUACAGUUCUUCACAAGAUCCGCCUGAAAAAAGUAUACCCAUUUGCACCUUAAAAAAUUUUCCAAAUGCAAUAGAGCAUACUCUUCAAUGGGCAAGAGAUAGUUUUGAAGGCUUAUUUAAGCAGUCUGCAGAAAAUGCUGCUCAAUAUAUUAGUGAUCCAAAUUUUAUUGACAGAACUCUUAAAUUACCUGGAGUGCAACCAUUAGAAGUAUUAGAGUCAGUGAAAAUAGCUUUAAUCGAUGAAAGACCUUUAUCAUUUAAAGAUUGUAUCGUAUGGGCUCGAUGUCAUUGGCAAGAUCAAUUUAAUAACCAAAUCAGGCAACUAUUAUUCAAUUUUCCACCUGAUCAAGUAACGUCAAGUGGUCAACCAUUUUGGUCUGGACCUAAGCGUUGUCCAACACCCCUUGAUUUUGAUGUUAACAAUGAACUACAUUUAGACUAUAUUGUAGCUGCAGCAAACUUGAAAGCGACUGUUUAUGGUAUAACUUGUAAUCGAAAUCGAGAAGAAAUUGCUGAAAUAGUAUCUCAAGUUCGAAUUCCGGAAUUUGUGCCAAAAUCAGGCGUUAAGAUUGCUGAAACAGAUUCGCAGAUCCAAAUUUCUAAUGGUAACGGAAAUGUUGACCAUGAUCGACGAAACCAAUUACAGAAUGAAUUACCAAAAGUGGAUGCGUUAAAAGGUAAUAUCUGA